UCUGUUCCAAAACAUGACAUGAAAGUCUGCAGAAGUUCAAGAUGUUAAAAGUUCACAAAGAGAAGAGUUGGUGCCCUGACAUGAGCUCUCUCUUCUCCUUCUCCUGUGAUGUACCUGGAAGGACAGUGGGAGUAAGAGGAACAGUGAUUCCCUCAUCCCGUCUGUCCGUCCGUCUGCCUGCCGACACCAGGCGUUGAUGUAUAUCCAGAUUAGGGGCCUGUCAGAUUCGCCACACUUCGCUGGCCGUGGGCGCGACACGGAGCCAGAUCAGACAAGGAAAUGACAAAUGAUGCCUUCGGCCUUUACCUUUGUUUGGUUUUGCUUUGCCAGUCACUUUGUGCAUCAUUUCACAACUUUCGGAUGAUAUUUUUUCACCCUGCGGGGAAUGAGAUGAUGUAUUGUAUGAUCGAAAAAGCUGUCGUGCCAAUGUGAGAGUGCCUCGGCACCUCGUGCUGCGCUCGAGACUGCAGCAGCGGGACAAAAGACAUCAGAGGAGAAGGAGGGAGGACGGGGAGGAAAAAGAAGAACACGUGAACGAGCCAGAAAGAGAAUCCGAGGAGACGGCAUGCUGAUCAGAGACGAGUUUAGGAGACAGACCUGACUCUGGAGGAGACGCAAACAAGAAAACAAAAUAUCGAUAGGACAUUUCUUAGUUGAGGAGGAAAAGGCUGCACCCAGACAGUUGCUACACCGGCCAAGGUUCCAGGGCCCUGGUCAUGGCUGUGGGCCUGUCUCCAGGCAGAACACACCCACACGGCAACGUCCCCAACUCGCAUCUCGUCUCCCCUGACAGCAGCGCUACCCCCCUGCAUCUCCUCACAUUAGUUAUCACUUCACACCCCAAGUCUUGAGCGAACAGCAGCAGAAACCCUGUCAAAAGACUGGUAGACCGUCAUUCAGUGUAGUUGACCAGACGGGGGGUGAGCGCACUGUCACCGGGGAGAGGGGAAGACAGUCGCCCGUGCCACAGUUUGACAGGCAGCGGCCCUUUUUCAUCGCCGCACAUGGACUGUUGAUGAAGAAGGAUGGCAGCGGGACUGGCAGGCGCCACCCCUUCCUCUCGGCCGCCCUCCCUCCCCCCCGUGGCCGGGGCUCGGACUGGUUAACGUUGGUCUAUCGGCAUCCAUCGCAGCAUCAGCAGCAGCUGACAGAGUGCGGGAAGGAGCAGUAUGCAGGAAACUGACUUACCGUCCACAAAUGCCUUCAAAGAGUGCAUGUUCCACUGCACCAAUGGGAAUUGUUUGCGUCUGGGCUCGCUCAUCUGCAACCAGCUGAAUAACUGCGGAGACAACAGCGAUGAGGAGAACUGCCCCGUGGUCACCCAGCACCCGCCGCCGGGCAUCUUCAACUCUGAACUGGAGUUUGUUCAGAUCGUCAUCAUUAUCGUGGUGAUGACAGUGAUGGUGGUGGUGAUCAUCUGCCUGCUCAACCACUACAAGCUCUCCACCUGGUCCUUCAUCACAAGGCAGAGCCAGGCCCGCCGGCACGACCAUGCCCUGCAGCAGGAGGGAUGUCUGUGGCCUUCAGACAGCGGCUCUCGACAAGGUGCCUCCGAGGUGUUGUAUGCCCCCCAGGCCAGGGACCGCUUCACCACCCCAUCCUUCAUGCAGCGCGACCGCUUCAGCCGCUUCCAGCCCACCUACCCCUACCUGCAGCACCAGAUCGACCUGCCGCCCACCAUAUCGCUGUCGGACGGCGAGGAGCCCCCGCCCUACCAGGGGCCCUGCACGCUGCAGCUCCGCGACCCCGAGCAGCAGAUGGAGCUCAACCGCGAGUCGGUGAGGGCGCCGCCCAACCGGACCAUCUACGACAGUGACUUGAUCGACAUGGGAGGGGGCGGGGGAGUGGGGGGAGGAGGAGGAGGGGGAGGCAUGUGCAGCGGCGGUCCGAGGCCGCCCAGCAGUAACUCGGGCAUCAGCGUGGCCAACUCCAGCAACCACGGGCGCAUGGAGGGGCCCCCGCCGGCGUACAGCGAGGUGAUGGGCCACUACCCCGGCUCUGCGUUUUUUCUACACCAGCACAGCAAUAACCAGAGGGUUGGGGGGUCGGGGGGGUCGGGGGGCCGGACGAUCCAGCAGCAGAGCCAAUCAGAAAGCACAAUAGUACCUGCCAAGGCCAAGGAAGGCCGGCCGGAGGACCUGGUGUGAAAAACAGGCCAGUGAGGCAGGCGGGGGCGGGCGGGUGGAGUUAACCCUAACCCCACCCGCCCCGCCCCAGACUGAGAACUGUCUCUCCACUUCACAGUGGUCUCUCUCUCUCUCUCUCUCUCUCUCUCUCUCUCUGACGUCCUCCUUCCACGCGCUCAUGCACAAAGUAAAUAUCAACCUUCGCUACAACGAAACAAAGGAGAGAGGAGGAAGGAACCGAGAGUGGGAGUGUGGAUCCCUCUCCAUCACAAAGAGAAAGAAACGUACUGCGAGCACAGACUGAAACGAUUUCGCUUUAUUUGUCCCCUCGGACGACGACGGCUCUGGGACUGAGGAUGAGGAUGAGGAUGAUGAUGAUGAUGAUGAUGAUGAUGAUGAUGAUGAUGUUUUCUUUUGGUUUUUCUUUUUUUUCCUUUUGUUUACUUUCUUUCUUUGGACCGGGAUCUGUGCACAACGCGAGAACUGAGCUGAGAAUCAAGGACUUAACAGAGAACACACACACACACACACACACACACACAAACACACACACACACACACGACGACACAAAACGGGAGACUCACAAAACCCAAAUCUUUAGUGCCAAGGUUCACGAGGAAGCGAAACAAACGGGUGGAAAUGACUCUGACGUUGGGAAAAAAAACACAAACAAAAGAAAAAGUUGCACUAUCUUUUUUGCUGUAAAAGAGAAGAGGGACGCGAUGAUAUGUGAUGAUGAUGAUUCUGAUGUUUUUCUUUUACAUUUUUUGUUCGUUUACUUGAGGUUUAUUUUCAUUUUUUUUCUUUUUUUCGUCCUUCUCAUGAACGGACCGACUGAACUUUGGCUCCAAACAGUUGUUUAAACCGUCGGGAGCAAAAAAAACUAAACAAAGAAAAGAGAAAAAAAAGACAAAACAACCAACAACAAGUAUUAUAAGCUUAUGUCCUUCCUUUUUUGAAAAACCACAAGAAAUACUUGUACCCAGCCUACGACAUCUCUUGUCUGCUUACACCACGGGGCACAGUGAGUCUUAGUAAGAGAACAACCUUUGUACUGCUUCAUGUCCCGAGGACACUUGGGCCGGGUGGGGACGGGGAUCUGCCCUGCGACCGGCUGCUGGGCGGACGGAACAUCUCUGACUUCCUCUGGCGCUUUCUGAACGCGGCCGCGGUGAAACUCUCUGAAAGAGGAGAGCUGCUUGUGCGAGAUCAAACACGCUCCACACCAACAACCGUUGGAUAUCAACUUAACCAAAAAAUAGUUUAACUCAAUAACAGAAAGAAGAAAAAAAAACCACCACCUACAACAACAUAUCUACGUGUCCGUCCAGCAGCCUGGUUCUCUGCAGAUUUCUUCUUUUCUCAACCCUUCUCGCCCCCGACCUCUCAGCACUUGACACUUCCUGUUUCCUGCAUCGAUAAACCCGCCCACCCAACCUCCUCACUGCUCAUCUUGGCAUGCACAGUGCAUUUUGCCAACAAGCCACGCUGAAGCCCCCGAGCCCCCCGCCGCCAUAACGACGACAAACAUUAACUAGAAGGAGGAGACUCGUCUCUCCGUCUUCGCGUCUCGAAAGCCACAAAACAAAACGACCGCGACGUCACAAAGUGAAGAUUCCUGUCGGCGUCUGUCGGCGCAUCGAUCAGGUCGUAAAGAGAAACAUUUGUCUGUGGUCUGAGUCAAAGGGCUACGGGAGGGAAAGAGAAAAGAAACUAAACAACCUGUUUUUGAAAAUCGAGCCAUUUUCUCUCUUCUCAUCGUUGCCUUCUCCUCUGCUCGUGUGCUUUCUGUGUCCUGCCUCCUGCCCCCCCCCCCCCCCCCUGCCCCCCGAGUGCAUCCCCGCUUUAUAACAGUGUCCCCCCCCCCUUCCUUUCAUCCGUGUGCGGAAAAAAGUGCGUGCAAAUGAUGCAGAGUUCGCUGAAGCCCUUUAAAGUGGAGACGAGUGGAGAGUCCUCGUUUUUUGGCAGUGUGCACGUGCUGUCCUCUCCUCCCUGUGUGUGUGUGUGUGUGUGUGUGUGUGUGUGUGUGUGUGUGUGUGACUUUAGGGAUUGGAGGGCGUACUAUUACUUAUUUGUCCAAUAUAUUAACCAUUAUUAAUGAAGCUUUUCGUUGUAAUUCAGCGGAGCGUCUCCUUAAAGAAAGAAAAAAGGCCACAGAUACAUGAUGGGUUAUUAUGAACGUGGCGUUUGAAGUGACCUCAGUGUAAAAGAAAAAAGCUGGGGUGAACUUGAGUUCAAGUCAAAAUGAAACUGUUUUUCAUCGCCGAUCGAUCAGAGUGUCUCUGGUGUGUCGUGUUCGUUUUUUUGGACGUAAGUGGAACUCAGCGGCACGAAGGGCGAACGAGACACUCUGAACGUGUGGGUGAGAUCAAAACAUCGCUGGCUUUUUGUUUUUUGUCUUUUGUCUUUUAAUGGGAUUUUCUGACAAUUAGAAAAAAAUGCAGACUAUCACCAGACGUCUCCUUCAGUUGCUACAGGCACGAUCCAAGUGCGACGGAAAUUAAGAAACGCACAUUGAUCUGUUGACGACAACAGUUAUAGUGACAGUUACAACACCUUCAUACUGUUAUUAUAUAGUAUUAUAUAGUAGUAUGAAGAGUGUGAAUUAAUGCAGCAGAUCUGAAAUCCAGUUGAAAUUUUACUCUGACGAUAAUGAUGAUGAGCAAAAGUUUGAACAAAAGUUCCUUAUUCUGUUACCAUCUGUGUGUGUGUGUGUGUGUGUGUGUGUGUGUGUGUGUGUGUGUGUGUGUGUGUGUGUGUGUGUGUGUGUGUGUGUGUGUGUGUGUGUGUGUGUGUGUGUGUGUGUGUGUGUGUGUGUGUGUGUGUGUUACUACAUCACUGCUGCUAUUGCUGUUGCUGCUACUGCUACUAUUGUUGCUACUGCUGCUUCUCAUGCCCCGCCCCCUCCAGCCCGCCCCGCCCCCUCGUCCCUCUGUCCGUCCCCUCGACUCACCAGGAGACAAAUCUGCAGUAAAAAAAAAAAAAAAGCACAAGUAUUGAGACGAAGCUUGGGUCUUUUUUUUUCUGCUCCUCUUCGUCAGACUGGUCACUGAACCGUCUGGUGACUCAGCAGAACGUCUGCGUGAAGAAGAGACCGUCCCAACACUUUGACCUUUGAACUGCGCCGACCUGGGGGCGUCUUUCCUCUUCCUCUUCCUCCGCUCUGUUUGUUUCCUCUCUCGGCUCGUUCUGUCUGCGCAGUCAUGGCUUGUGAACUGGAGGCUGAUGAAGAUGAAUUUAAUGUUUUCUACAAGGAGGUUUUGCAUGUUACUAUUACGUGAGUAGAAAUAAGGUGCCUAACGUUCAUGUUUGAGCAAGACCCCACCGCCGUGAUGCUGCUGCUCGGAAUCCUCACAGGUGCUUCAAUGAGGGGGGGGUCGGGGGGGGGGGGGGGGCCGUCUGGCAGAAUGGAACAGAAACGUGUGAAGGGAGGGGGUUGGACAAAAACCCACAUUCAAUUCAAGGGGUCGACAUGAAACUAUAAAUCCAAGUGACCACCGGAGCAGCACCGUGUGUUCACAUGUCAACUGCAGCUCAGCCUUGGACAUCUCUUCUAUUUUUAAUUUCUAUUUCUUUCAAAACUCCCAAGUUACGACCAGAUUCACCGGCAAAUGUUUACAAAGCGUUCUCCCAUUGUGCCAGACGGGAGCGUCCCCCCCCCCCUCGUCCCCCCAGCGAAGCAGCUGGACCCAUUCCAACCAGUACCAGGCCGCGUGUGUGUGUGUGUGUGUGUGUGUGUGUGUGUGUGUGUGUGUGUGUGUGUGUGUGUGUGUGUGUGUGUGUGUGUGUGUGUGUGUGUGUGUGUGUGUGUGUGUGUGUGUGUGUGUGUGUGUGUGUGUGUGUGUGUGUGUGUGUGUGUGUGUGUGUGUGUGUGUGUGUGUGGAGCAGACAUAGGAACCCACUUGCACUCAGAAAAGCUCCCACCUUCGUUGUGCCUCACUUCCAACGGUGCUUUUUUCAGUAGUCUGUCUUUCUUUGUGUUCGUUUGUAAGGUGCUGUAUAUAACUUGAAUAUAUUAUGCACAUAUCCUACCCAAUGGGUAGAUACCACACAAAAAAAAUGUUUGUGAAUACUGUAAUAUAAUGUAUAGACAAUAUAAGAAUUUUAAGAAAGGCAGCAUCAAAUUUGUAAAAUGCCUACAGUUAAAAAAAACAAAAAAAACGACGACGACAACGUACUUUGUCUUUUUUAUGAGAAAAACAUGGGUUUGCGAAUUAUGCUUAGAAAACGGUUGCAACACAAAUACAAACAUAAUAUUUUGCUAUAAAUAAUAGUGUGUGUUAUGAUGAGGAUGAGAUAACCUCUGGAUUUAAGCAAGUUGUUGAGAAAAAGAUAUUAUUCACUUCUUUCUUUUCUUUCUUCCAAUUUGAUUCCUCUUCUGAGAACAAGCCGUCGCAGCGCUUUGCCGUCAUCUUGGGUUCUGGCUGGUGUUUUUUUUAUUUUAUUUUUAUUAUUGUACAGUUCUACGACACAGAAAACGUUCCGUCACACACACACACACACACACACACACUGAUCAGUUUAUUUGCAAGUGAAAAAUCAUUGGGACAAAGAAGCAGAAGCGCUCUCACAUGACCACUGCACACCGGAGCCGUCGGCAAAUCUUCCCGCAAACGGAAGAACACGUGUUCGUCUACAAUAUAUAUACACAUUUUUUUGUUGAAUUCAGCCGUUGAGUUUUUGUACUGUACAUCUGCCAAAGUAUAAAACUGUUGAGCACACUAGCCGGAUGUCGGGCUCUGCUUAUAGCAAUUUCAGCUCUGUUACAUUAGGGAUGGUUUUCAUUUUUUUCAUCACAUGAUUAUGGAACAAAAAGGAAAAAAAUGGUUAUUCCCUUUUUUUAUUACAUUUUGGGUGAAGAUUUGGAAAGUUUGCUCCGACGUGAAACGUGUGAAAAAUGUCACUUUUCUUUUUUUUUCUCUUUUUUCUACAUUUACAAUACUUAAUAUUUGGCACUAUAUAUAUAUAUAUAUAUAUAUAUAUAUAUAUAUAUAUAUAUAUAUAUCUCUCUCGAAACGACAGUCGAGUUUUAAAUCUGCAGUCGUUCAUUUACAGUUACGUGCCGACAAAUAACUUCACUGUACAAUAACCGCAGAGCAUGUUCAUUCUUAUCUAUAGACGAUGUACAUAGCAACGCGUCAUCCUCCUCCUCAGAAGCACCAAAUACAGACGGUCGUGUCGAGUUCAGCUCCAGUUCCUCCGAACAGACGCUGUUGGUUUGUUGGUUUGUUGGUUUGUUUACCUGCACUAGCUUGAAGAACCAGCUUUGGGCUCCGACUGAUUUUUUAUUUCACAUCUGCCCCCCGGUGUGCCCCCCCCCCCCCCCCCCCCCCUUUCCACUGUACUCAAAUGCUGACAACAAGUAGCUGUUUCUAUUGUUCCAGAUUUUAAUAAUUACAACAACAACGAAGAUAAAUAAUAACAACAACAACAAUAGCGUCUCAACAGUUUGGUAUUCUCUCUCUCUCUCUCUGUCUCCACGGUUACCAUAGGACCGCUUCCAUCAUGGGUUUUGUAACAUUGGUUUGCUUUAUUUACAAAAAUGACUUAUUCUCGUUCUCCCCUCCCCCCUCUGUGCCAAA